AUGAAUGACGUGAGCGACAAAGUAGGCUCGCUAGGACCUGGGGCUAAGCCGUCGUCUGUGCCGGUGCCUCUGCAUCGUGUACGAUUUGUUGACUGGAGCCCGUCAGCGAUUACGGCAUUGGCUUUGUCGCCCAUACCGUAUCAGGGAAGCACAAGUGCAGCACGCUCUGUGCUCGCCGUGGGGCGCGACAAUGGGAAUAUUGAUCUUUGCAUGUGGUGUGAAGACACGUCCUCCGGUCAUGCAUCUGUUGCAAAGGGAUGGACACCUGUGAUGACGCUGCUGGGCGACGAGCACUAUAAGAUCGAGUCACUUGCAUUCACUGUGUCUCGAGAUGCGAAAUACGGUGUGGUUGGGGACGCAUACUUGCGUCUUUUCAGCACAUCCGGAGGCAGUAUAGUGUCGGAACACUUUUUGCCCGCAUCCAUUGCGUAUAUGGGUGAGCGAUCUAUCUUUGCACAGGUCCCUGAUCCGCCAAAGGUACCUACGCGCACUCUAUCGUCGCAUGGCGGUGCAGUUUGGAGUAUGGCUGCAAGUCCUACAGGCAAAUACUUGGCGAUUGGGUGUGAAGAUGGAGUCGUACGUCUUAUUGACGUGGGGGGAGAUGCGUUCGAGCACGUCGGUACUGGGAUGCGUGUGGCUCCGCGCAUGACACGUGUUGCGAGCCGAAUUUUGAGUUUGGCUUGGGGACCGCCGCGUCGUAACGUGCCAUCUAAGCCAAAGAAACAUGUAUCGCGUCAAGGCGCGAUACAUACUGACGACAGUGACGAUGACGAGGAUGAUGACGACGAAGAUGAGGAUGUGGAGGAUGAAUGGAUUGAUACGUUUCUUCUCGGUGGUCUAGGGAAUUCCACAGCAGCUGUGUGGGAUGUAAUGACGGGCCAACUUCGCUCGCGCCUCACGCUGCUGAAGAAUCGACAAGAGCAUACCAUUGUGUGGAGUGUGGCAGUUUUGCGGGAUGGCACACUUGUGUCAGGCGACUCGACAGGUCGUGUGACAUUCUUUGACGCACGAACACGCAUCCCGAUUCCUGGCGCUACGUUCCAGUGCCAUACAGCAGGAGCCGAUGUCCUAACAUUGUGUGUAAGCGCUGAUUCCUGCGCCGUAUACAGUGCUGGCGUUGAUCAGAAAGUCGUCGAGUAUAUGCAUGUGGGCCAUGCCUGGACCCAUACCGGCACACGCCGACUCCAUGCGCAUGAUAUUCGUGCUUUGGCAAUAGACCCACCCUUGAACUUCCUGUCUGGCCCAGCCUCUGUAUCAACGUCCCAAUCCACCCCUACUUCAAUGUCAAAUGUACCCAUUCUUAUCAGUGGUGGUCUGGACUUUCACCUUGUGCUGACGCCUGCUUCUCAUGCCUCGUGGCGCUCAAAGCAACAACCUAACAACCCGGUGUCGUCCAGUCUUUCCACGUCUUUUGCCGAUACGACGCAGCGUCGCGUCGCAUUCGUGCCUACGAAUGGGCGGGAUAGUGUCGUUGGUGUAGCGCCUCUAAAGCGUUGGAUCAUGCUUCGUCGUGAGCGCAGCAUAGCGAUUUGGGCCCUCGGUGAUCACGAAUCUGAUCCUUGGCACAAGGUAUGGGAACUAGAGCUGAGCACGCGCUCAAAUCUUGGUGCUGCAGCCAUUAGUGCGGAUGGUCAGUUCCUGGCCGUAUCAGAUCUAUACGAGACAAAGCUGUACUCGAUGCAAGCCACGCCGCGGCGAAUUGCAUCUCUUGGGCCUGCCAUUCACGGACGCGAUGUGUCUGCGCCGGGUGCGUCUGCCUUGGUCUUCACCCCGGAUUCCUCGCGUCUCGUGCUUUGCACGGUGCAUGGCUCGUAUGUUCAUGUUGUUCAACUUCCAGCGUCGGCGACCGACGAGCCAGUGCUGCUCAAGUCGUUCGCUCAACACCGGACGAAGCGGUUCGCCGCUGCCUCUGCCGCAGGCUCUAACACACCCACCAGUGCAUCGGCGAGUGACGGACGUGUUCUGAGCAAGGGCCAUGUUCGGCCCGACCUGUACACGACGACGCCGCUGUCUGAGCCAGCGAACCACAAGUCAUCCGCUGCGACCGCAACAGAGCUGGGAUCAGGGCGCGAAGUAUUACGUGAUUCAUACGCUCCCAUUCUGUUGGCCGUCGUAUCGCCUGACGGACAAUGGCUCUUGACGGCUGAUGCUGCUCGGCGUAUGCAUGUGUUUCAUCUUGAUACCUUAUCGUACCAACGGGCACUGGCAUCACCAGUGUGCGUGCCCAGUAGUGCAUGUUUCCAUCCGACACAUCCCAGCCUGUUGGCCAUCGCACUUCCGACAAAUCAGGUCCUGUUCUAUGAUCUCGAGGCAGACGAUGCGCCUGCAUGGGAGGCUAGUUUGCGGCAUGAAGUCGAUGCACAACUGGGGCGGAUCCGUGAGCCUGUGGUAGGGUGCAUGUGGCUGUCUGGUAAUGAGGGGGCGUGCUCGCUUGUGUUGUAUGGCCCGACGUGGCUCUGCACGGCCCGUCCACUCACGACUCGAACGUCUGUGCGGAAGAAACGGCGUAAUGGGCAAGACGAUCCCACGAUGGGCUCUGGUGAAUCGGCCUGGUCCGUUCGCACGACAUUUAAAUAUCAGCCACUGCUGUAUGUUGGCGCAAUGUCAACGAAUGAACCGGAGCUGCUUGUCGUCGAAAGGCCAUACUUUGCCCUUGCACAGUCGCUACCACCGGCAUUCUAUCGUGGAGCGAAGUACGGUAUGUAG